AUGUCUUACUCCAACACAUCCGUUCCAUCAAUUUUUGAUUCCAUACCUCCAGUUCUUGAUCCUGUUUCUCCAAUUAUUGACCCCGUUCUUGACCCCGUUCCUUCAAUUCUUGAUACUGUUCCUUCGACUUCUAAUCCAGUUUCUGAGCCUCAAAAUGAAGAAGAAACUAUUAAUAACACAACUACUCAAAGUAAUAAUACAAAAAAAUCCAAAAAAAAAAAAAGGACCCAUCACCAGUUUACAACUAUUUGGAAGAACUUGAUGAUGGUAUUCAUCUUUGUAAAGUAUGAUCCUAAAAUUAAACAUCCUUGUAAAUGGGGUGCACUUACAUCUUUGUCAACAAUUAUGUGA